CAGGGCUGGCCGGGCCCCAGAAUAACGGCGCAGCUCAUCCAGUUCGCGAUCUAGCCGACCGACGCUCACCGUCGAGACGCUCGCAACAGGUAGCCUAGUGCAUGUGCGCGCCGAUAUAUACCCUACUAUAAUUUAGCGCGUUCACACCGGCCAGUUCGCACACACUUUGACGACGAAUUUAUUUACAACGGAAGGAUUUGGUGCGACUGAGUGAAGUUUUGCGGGGGAGGCGAAAAUGCACCAACUUUUAUUUAUCGUCCAAGUUCGUCGCGCUAAACGUUGAAUUUUGUACAGAUCUCGUGUAAAGUUUAUGUAGCCGUACCUAUGAAGCUGUCAAUGCCUACCACGACGAUGUUUUCAAAAUUUAAGAGCGGGGGCGCCGCACAAAGCCCCCUCGAAACAAAUCCGAUUGGACAAUUUUUCGAAAUCGGAAAACAAACAGCAAGUGCAGGACCGGAGCUGGUGUGGCGAAUUCACGAUGCCUAUAGGAAAAGCGACGGAAAGGAAUGUUCGGUUUUCCUGUUUGAGAAACGCUGCGCUGAAAAGCUCCACAAACCCAAACGCAAAGAAACAGUGACCGAAAUCCUUCGAAGUUCCGUUAGACAAUUGGAAAGGUUUCGGCAUCCGAAAAUUUUGCACGUUCUUCACCCGAUUGAAGAAUGCGCAGACACACUGGCUUUCGCUUCCGAGCCAGUGUUUGCAAGUUUGGCUAAUAUAUUGGCGCACCAGGAAGGAAGUGCCAAUCAUGGGGGAAUUACGGCCACAGGGGCUUCCCAGCAACCCGCCGUGAGGCCGACACAUGCCAGAGAGUACAACUUUUUGGACAUCGAGUACAAGUAUGGAAUAUUGCAGAUAACAGAAGCUUUAUCGUUUCUGCAUUACUCUGGGCAUGUGUUGCAUCGCAAUGUGUGUCCGGCGAGUAUUCUAGUAACGAAAAAAGGCACGUGGAAGUUGGCAGGACUGGAAUUCACAGAAAGGGUAAAUGACGUCGACGGCGUCGAACCGGUUCCCUGCCAGCCCUGGACCUCGAGACUCUCCAAAAUGGCACAACCGAACUUGGACUAUACCGCGCCCGAAACCCAGACGCAGUCAAUUUGUAGUAUACUCAGCGAUAUGUUUUCACUAGGAAUGGUAAUAUGUGCAAUAUUUAAUCAUGGCAGACCACUUAUUCAAGCUGGAAAUUCUAGUUCAGCGUAUCUUAAGCAACUAGAGCUGUUGGAAGAUCAAGUACACAAUAUUAUGCCUAGAAUCCCGUUACCGCUUCAAGAGGCAACAGUCAGGCUAUUAAGCAAAGAUACUAGACAACGACCCACGGCGCAGCUCCUUACCUUAAUUAAAUAUUUCAGUGAUCCUGCGGUGCACGCGCUUCAAUUUCUCGAUGUCAUCAACAUGAAGGACCCCACGCAAAAGGCGCAUUUCUACCGCAAUACGCUGAAAGAAGCUUUGCCUUUCAUACCAAAGAAAUUGUGGUACCAACAUGUGUGGCCUUCGCUCCAGCAGGAAAUGAGAUCGCAAGAGGUUUUAGCCGCCGUUCUCCAACCUGUGCUCUAUUUAAUUCAAGACUCGACUAUAGAAGAAUACGAGUCCAUUAUUCUUCCGUCCUUUAGGGGAGUGUUUUCAGCUCCGAAAACGGUUCAAGCCACCGUCACACUCCUUGAAAAUUUGCACAUAAUAUUAGAGAAAACCCCGCGAGACGAUAUUCGCACUGAAGUGUUGCCAAUGUUAUACAAUGCCUUCGAAAGCACCACGAUACAAGUUCAGAGUGCCGCCUUGGUGGCAGUGACGAACGUUUCGGAAUAUUUGGACGAAACGGCAAUCAGACGAAUGAUACUGCCAAAAACAAAAAUCAUUUACGAAAAAAACCAAUCCGAUUUGAAAAUCGUUUCGAACGUACUGUCGUGUGUUGAGAGGACGUUGGAUCGACUGGACAAAAGCCAAAUCAUCGACGAGGUUUUACCGCUUUUGUACGACAUACGAUUAUCGGAUCCGCAAAUAACGCUGAGGGUCGUAAACAUCUACCGGUUAAUGCUCAGCGACAAGAAAUACGGAUUAUCCGUGAAUUUAAUGGCAACCAAAGUAAUGCCUUCGUUGUUGCCGCAAACGGUAAAUCCCUCCUUAAACUUGGAACAAUUUACGAUCCUUCUGGAGGUGUUACAAGAAAUGCUGGAUCAGAUUGACCGAAACCAACGCAAUAAACUGAAACUCGAUAACCUCUCUUUACCAAGUCCGGAACGUCACCGGCCCUUACGUCACCAAUACAGCUCCGAUAAUAUGCACGUGCCACCCUUCAAUAUCCCUAAUCUCCGGAUAGAGCAGCGCAAAACGUCGAGUGCCGAAGACAUGGCCCGGAAAAACUCCACAGGCGGAAUGUUGGGCGGCUGGUGGUUCGGAGGUUCGCCCUCGUCCCCAGACAGCAACUUCCUGCGGGUGGUUAACGCCUUCCCCAACAGAAGACUCUCGGACAACACGCUGAUGACGCCGAAAAUACGCAUCGCGCCCUCGUGCGCCUCCUCGCCGGGAGGGACCCCAGGAGGGGGCUUGCCCAUCAGGAGACACUCGAGUAUUGGACCACAGGAGAGGAGAGGAUCCACGGUUAAUCUGUCACCACCAACGGGCGCUAUAGGGUACAGCUCUGUGUCCCGUGAGGGCUCGAGCCUAUCGGUGCCAUCCACCUAUCUUGCACGGAGCAUGAUAGGAGGCUCGAUGCCCAACACGAGCAGCAGCGUCCCGUUCCUGCUCAGCAGUAGCAUGCAGAGCAUCCGUUCCAGACGGCCGUCGGCAGUGUUGGGCGGCUCUCAGGGCUCAGGGCUGCUGCAGCAGCUCGGCUCUGGCAUGGUAAGACUCACCUCUUCACACCAACCGACCAACGGCCGAACGUUCUCUAGUAGCUCGGUUAGGAAAUGCCCCUCCCUGAACAUUACAUUUAGCUGAAUGUACGUACGUAUGACCGUCGUAUUAACAUCAGUCACACUCCUGCUUAUCCCACACAAGUCAUAUGUCUCUGUCGUGCAUUUCAUUCACCUGGCGGGGGCUAUUGAAACUAUUUCUCUUAUGGAUAGGGGAUGAUAACUCAAGAUACGAAACCCACCUCCGCCUAAAUUACAUCUUUAUUGAGACUGACUACUUAAGACUGUUUUAGAUGUUUAUUUUGUAGAACGGCGAGGAAUACCACUGUUACAGGUAACUCUUUUCUACGUUUUUAACACGCACCAACAACUAACUCCGAUCCAGCUUAAAACUCAAUGGUAAAGAAAACAUAAUAAAUAAGCGACCAUAACAAUCUCUUAUAAAAGCAUCGAUCAUUAAACAAUAUGAUAAUUAUGAAAAAAAUAAAACGAUAUCGAAUCACGUAAUAUGGGUUCCCGAUCGCUGAAAGCUAAAUUAGAAUUCCGGUAACGAACCGGCUCUUUAAAAAGUCUUAACAGAAUUAAUUAUUUUAUCCGACCUCAAAUCCAACCAAAAAAACAAGAAAAGAUAACUUAUUAAUGAGCUUUCCAUUAAAUUUUUAAUAAAUCGAUUUCUCUAUCUUUAGCAAAGAUUUAGCAUAAAUUCCAACUUAAACUAUAUCAAAUUAACUUGUAAUUUGUGCACUUUUUAACGUUAAAUUAACUUUUCUCUAAUUGAUCCUUAAAUCCAAAAAAAUGAUAGUUUUGCAAAAAGACUAAUAAUAAACAUAAACGGACAAAGAGAACAAAAUUAAUUAAUAUUUCUAUGUUUCUCAUAUUACUUGAAUUAAAGUCAUACCCCUGUGUAUUUACUGUACUAAUUAUGCAAAACUAUAAACUUUUUGUCCUCUUCUAAAAUCUCAUUUUUAAGAGAAUGUGUUUUUGAGAACAGAUAGAAAUUCAACAUUUUAGCUAGUUUAUUACAAAAUCUAAACGAAUCAAAAUCAUUUUACUCGUAAUUAAAGUUAACGAGUUCUACCCAAAAUUGUAUAAAGCGUUUUUUACUUAAUACUUAUUUACCAGACUAAUUUAAACCAGCGAGAGCGAGUGAGUGCUUUUAACAGUUAAGAAUAUUAAUCGUCCAUUAACUAGCGAAUUGAUUACAACAUUUUUUCGUUGAUCGCAAACUCCUAUCUUGGUCACAAAAUUUAAAAUUAUUCCAAAUUUAAGCCAAUUUCAAUGUUAACCUGUAUAAUAAUAAAUUAGUUUUGGAUGUAUCUAAAGUGACAGUGUAAUCUGUGAAACGAACUUUUUGCAUUUUUUAAAUGCGGGCGUUGUUUUCUGUAAAACGGACAGUUUAAGGUACAAUUUAUGAACAUUUGCUGAUUUAAAAAGAGCGUAGGUGUUGAACUGUAAAGCGUUUCUAGGACUAAGAAGCCCCAUAAAGAAUGAUUUAAAUUUUUAAACGCUGAAAUCACAAAAAGAGUUAAUUAUUAAAAAUAGUCGUCCAUAAAUACAUGCUUUUAUGAACUAAAUCAUUUAAUAUGUACAAACAUUAACACAUGGUCAACAAAAAAGGUAGUUUAACAUUUAACCCUUAGAAUCAAAUAUUCACUUACAAACGAAACCCCUUUUGAGACCCGAGAGCAAAACCUCACCUCAGGUUUUACUAUACAGUGGAAACCAAGUUAUUCUCUAAACAAAAACCUAUUUUAUAUUUUUGUGAAUACAAUAAAUAUCGGGCUUUGGCCCCAUUUCGUGUAUUACUAAACCAGCGUUGGUGGUAUUAUAACCGAACAAAAGUUCUGCAGCAUUUUCGUUCCAUUUGAAAAUGCGUCCCCCUCUCAACUCGACAUAUUUAGGUGUAAAGUUUCAGCUUUCAGCAAAUUUAUUCCCCAAUCAAUACGGCUACCUGUUGACACAAGUUAUAAAGAGGGUUUUCAUAUAUAGCCGUAAAAUCCAAGUUAUCUGUUACAUUUAUGCCUCCAAGUUGUUAGCUAAUGAAAGCGUAUAAAUCGCAGCGAACCCAUAUUAGCUGAUUCCUGCGCGCCGUUGACGCAAAGGACGAUUACGUGCGCUUUCGAGGACUUAAUCGAUGAAUAAGUUUACGUAAUCGUAAUUUGCUAUUUUAGGUGAGGAUUGUAAUGUAAUUGUUGACUUUGCAUAUCGGUGCUUGAAGACUCCAAGGGGGGGAGUGUCUCGUAUUCUUGAACAUUCAAAUACUUGAAUCAGUACCAGCGAUAGAGUAGUUAAAUGUCGCCCGCUUCCCUCCAAUAACCCCCGCAUAAUUGUUUUCUGAUGUUCCAGUACCAGCUAUUUGCCGGACGUCAAUAAGCAUCCCCACGCUGAUGAUUCGAGCUCGAUUUUAUUUUUUAUAUUUUUUGUGGAUGUUUCAAUGAAGACCGGAAGUGGCAAUCCGAGCGACAAUCACAGGCGACCGCACAAAAUCCAGACAUGUUUAAUUGUUGUGUGUGUCCAUUGAAGUGUUUCUUAACUCUCUCCAUCGUCCGAUAACUAUCUCACUGCAAUACUUAUUAUAUCUCGAGGCGUCUCACCAGUCAAAUGAACUGGAGGCAGUCGUGCGAAGCUUCAACAAACGCACCGAGCGAAUUUAUCCACUGUCUUAGAUCUCAACGACAUUUUUCUCAUUCUAUACUCGCAUUGUACAUCACUUUCCUCGACGUUGAGGGUACCGCACUCUCGUGAUUAGCAAUAACCACUCGAUGGAGUUGUAACGCCAUUGAAACGAAUUCCGGCCGAGGCUGGACAAUAGCCCCUAACAAAAUGGUUUUUUUAAUCUGAUUCAAAAAAUUGAUUUUUUGGUAAUAAUUGCACAUAAAACACGUAGAAGUUUUAUUAAAAAAAUGGUUUUUGGGUAAUAAUUGCGGAUAAAACACGUAGUGUCCGUGUCUAUUGUUCAGUCUUUGUUGUGUAGUUCUGAUUCCAGUAGAAAGUCCGAAAUUCCGAGUCAAGCAUUGCGUUCAUUUGACUGAGAGUAAAUCUGGCGAUGGCGUGUAACCGUGCACAGUGUUCCAUUGGAAAGCGACCUUCCGCAUGCCUGCGACUCUGUGCCCUUCUAGCCUUGUAAAAAUACACCCUCGACAAUCGUCUAAAAAUAUACAAUUUCAUAUUUUUCAUAUGCAUAUUUCGUAAAUCUCCUCUGUGUGUUUGUGCAUGUAAUCGUAUUGACGUUUGUGUGAUUUUAAAAGCUCGUCCUGACGACGAGUGUUCAUGACACCAAUGCAAAUUAGAUUGAGAAAUAUUUUAGAAAGCUUCAUGUGUUCGCUAAUUCGAAUUGCUGCAAAACUACCAAAUUGGAUAACUGUACGUCUGUUUCGGAUGAUUAAUCGCCUACGCUGCAAUUCAUUUUCGAAUUAAUUCGACGCUUCUUGUUUCUUCUUUGUAUCUUGAGCAAUUUGUUAUUAAAACAACUCAACCGGAAAAUCACUCGCAAAAUAGAUGGGCGAGGUUAUAUCAGCGCAACUUGUUAAUUUGCUAGUAAUUUAACUUGCUUCAGGUCAAGUGGAUCAAUUUCGAACGCACACAGACAUACUCCCUCAUAACACUACUGCCAAAAAGUGCUUACACUUCUACAUAUCACCAAAUAGCAGAAAUCAACUACAUAAUUAGAAAGUUUAGUGUAUUCAUGAUACCCAGGUCUGGCGAAACUUUUAAUAACUACGAUAGACAUGUGCUGUUUUCGACGUAGCUUCCCUGCUAUCUCCAGAAAUCAAUAUACAAAUGUUUAUUUUUAACCCGCCAUACCCUUAACAUUUUCUACACCUACACCUCGCACUUUUUGCACUGAAUCGCAAAAGUAUUCCAGAAAUUUGCUCCUCGCACAAUUUCAAUCUAGCUCAAAGUAAUUCACGACAAUUUUUUGUAUACGAGUACGAAUAACAAAUCAACUGAAAUAAAAACAACAAAAUAAUAUCACACAGUAGCAUGAUUCGGCUCCUUCACAAAAUCUCCAAAACAUGUAUUUCGUAGAAAUAACGAAAGCGCAAAAUAAAUUCACAUUUUAAAAAUUUGUAAAAACAAGGAUGUGACUAUACUAAAUACACAUUAAGUUAGAAUAUAUAGUAAAACAAUAAAAACAUAUCAUUUACAAAAAUUUUGGGCGUUGAAAUGUUUCAAAAACGGCUCUCGAUGGUUGUUUCCAAACAAACUAAAAUUAACUUGAAUAAUUAAAAAUUGAUUUUAGGAUUAGCCCUAACCUGACCGUUCAAUGGAUAAUAAGUAUCCAAAUUACGUAAAACUUGUACAUAAUGAAGCCAGUUGUCAAUUAAAAACAAGUAAUUGUUUUUGUAAAAAAGCCUACCUUAGGCCUAAUUUUUGUUUUAAAAUUUCCCAAACAAAAAUAAAAAGUCAAUAUUUAAAGCUUUGUAAACGUAAAAAUUCCCCUUUUUGUCCAUUUCCGAAUUAACUGCUGCGGUGGAAGGCAAAUACCCAAAUCCCUAAUUUGUGUACUCACCCGAGAAAUUUCGUAUCGUUGUUUUUCGUUGUCAUUUCCGCACCUUCAUUAAAUGAAUUUGAAGAGACCAAUUUCCGAUGCAUUUUGCGGUGCAAUUGAUCCCGUUACAAACAAUAACAGAUCCAUGAAUUUUUUACGUUGGCCGCUGUUAAUGGUAAAAAGCAAGUGCCCAGGAAACUAGGUGAUAAGUAGAUACGUGUUUUCCUUUAGGUACUUAUUGUACAUAGAGUUGUGACUCUGAUAAUUUAUUUUUUUACGUGAUUGAGAACACCUUUAGAUAAUAAAAAAGUGGCGAAAAUAUUUCUCCAUCUAAGAAAACGAUGAACAUGAUAUGUAGCAUUUAAAUGAAUAUUUUUCUUUAUAUCGUGUCAUUGUCAUUGUUCCUGCUGUGAUUCCCUGUCGGAUUAGCUUGUUGUAUCCCUCCGAUGGUUGUGCCAUUUGCUCAAUGUUGUCGAUCAGAGAGUUCGGCUUUUUUCGAUCAAUGCUGGACUUGGAAACCAGCCGAACUCCUCUGCACUCAUAUUUAAAAUUUGUUUAUUUAUGUAAAUAGGAAAGUGUAUAGCGUUUUCGAAUUUAUCAAUCAAUAUUCCAUGUUUACCAUUCGACAAUCUGUAUAAUGCACAAUUAUGAAACCAUCUUUAACUAUAUGAAAUGUCAAUACACUAAAUGUAUGAAAUGCCAAUUCUCGACUGUUCAUAUCAACUUAAUUAAUUGUAAAUUAAACAUUUUCUUAUAACUUUCGGUGUAAAUAGUUCGGAUAUAGCUCUAAUGUGUGUUGACUCUGUAGGUCAGAAAUACAAUCAAAACAGAAAGUACAAAACAUUCCGAUUGUAAAGGCAGACAACGAUUCACCACGUGGUGAAACCUUGUCUGUCUUACCACAUCAACUGUUUCAAUAAUGUGACAGAAAUGUUAAAGCAGAGGCAAUGAGAGAUUAUUAAAAUGUGAUAUGUUUCA